CAGAGCACGACUCCGCCGCAUUAUCUGCCACAUAUCGCUCAAUACAGUACCAAAGCCCGUAACCUCCACAACUCUUGCGUAACGAUCUCAGCCAAACCGUCGAAGACAACUUUCCGCUAACAGUCUUAGCAUCGACUGAGCAGCUCUCAACUUCUCCCACUGUCUACCCAGUUAUCAACCUCUUGUCUAUUCAGCAUGGCGAAUGACGAAUAUGAUUUUCUUUUCAAGGUUGUCCUGAUUGGAGACUCGGGAGUUGGAAAGUCCAACCUGCUCUCGCGUUUCACCCGCAACGAGUUCAAUCUGGACUCAAAGUCGACGAUCGGCGUCGAGUUCGCAACUCGAAGCAUUCAGGUCGACGCGAAGACGAUUAAGGCGCAGAUCUGGGACACUGCCGGUCAGGAGCGUUACCGGGCCAUCACGUCAGCGUAUUACCGCGGCGCCGUCGGCGCACUCCUUGUGUACGACAUCAGCAAGCAUCAGACAUUUGAAAACGUGACAAGGUGGCUGAAGGAGCUGAGGGACCACGCUGACAGCAACAUUGUCAUCAUGCUUGUGGGUAACAAGAGCGAUCUGCGGCACUUGCGAGCAGUGCCAACAGAGGACGCCAAGCAGUUUGCAAGCGAAAACAACCUGUCCUUCAUUGAGACAUCGGCCCUCGACGCAAGCAACGUCGAGUUAGCCUUCCAGAAUAUCUUGACUGAAAUCUACCGCAUCGUUUCUAGCAAGGCACUCGACCAAGGCGAGGGUGGAGGGGCCAUGCCAACGGGCGAACGCAAAGUUCUAGAGAUCUCGAAGUCGACAGAUGACAGUGCGAAAAAGAGCGGCUGCUGCUAAAGAAACCUCUCUCCCCUUUUUCCGUUCCCGUCUUACCUUUUUUCUCUCUUUCAACGAUACAUGGCAUAGUGCUUUCGAGGUUUCCUUGACACAGAACGGGAUGCAAUUAGACUGGUCCGACUCGGCCAGAUACAUUUUGCCUGUUGCGACUUGGUGCAGAUCUAGGCAGACGAGGACUUGUGCAGACAGAACUCCUAUGUACUGAAUGACCAUUCCGGGUUUGUCCGCGGAAAUUGGCAUUCUUUCUUCCUUGCUUUUAGGUUGGAUGCCAGAAGAUCCUGAAAGGGCCCCAAGUCAUUUUGUUCCUUUGUCCAACCUUUUUUUGUUCCCCAAAACGCGGCGUACUUAGGAUGUGGGGUGUGACGAGGCAGCAUGUAAACGUUUUGCACGAAGAGAUUAAUGAAGUUGGCAUAUCACACGCUCAAUACCGUCAUGAUGUCCAUGUAUAUUCGUUUUUUUUUGGCCACGGGAACGACCUUAGCAAUUCACAUCUCCCACUCGCAACGCUUGAUUU